UCCAAUCAACUUCAUGAGCUCUGCGCCAUGUGCGAAAAGAACUUGAACCUUCAUGAAAUUUUGACGAUGCUAGAAGAUGAAGAGAUCCAAGUGCCACCUGAUGAAGAAAUUGGCGUAUAUAUUCAGCCACCAAUCAAUGCAAAUGAUGAUGUCACUGAUGAGGAUUCUGGGGAUGAGGACAUGACUUCAAUCCAUCAUCUUCCAGGAAACCAACUAUUGGCCCCGGCUGAAGUUUCCCAAGAAUUUGAACUGAGUGACAACAAAGAUGAAGAGGAUCCUUCUUUAUCACAACAACCUUACCCUCUAGUUCAGCGAAGAUGGACAUAG